UUAAAAUAAAUAAAAUCAUAAAGAAACCCCUUCUCUGCCCCAGCCCUAGCUCCCCUCGCCUUCCGCUCACCGCUGCAGGGCACGCCCGCGCCCCCUUCCGCCGAAGCGAGGCACGCCGCCCGCCUCCGUCGAACCCUCGAAUCUUUCUCUCGUCCUCGUCUUCCUCCUCCUCCUCCUCCCUCAGAGAUCCAUCCGGACUUGGGAUUGGCUUCUCCCGUCGGUGGGGUCAGCUGAGCCAGCAGCGGCGGGAGUUCUCAAGCCAAUAUGUUGUUCUUCUCCUACUUCAAGGAGCUCGUGGGGAAGGAGGUGACGGUGGAGCUUAAGAACGAUCUGGCGAUCCGCGGGACACUCCACUCGGUUGACCAGUACCUCAAUAUCAAGCUUGAGAACACUCGCGUCGUCGACCAGGACAAGUAUCCCCACAUGCUAUCGGUGCGCAACUGCUUCAUCAGGGGUUCAGUGGUGCGGUACGUGCUGCUCCCGCAGGACGGCGUCGACACCGACAUCCUCCAUGACGCCACCAGGAGGGAGGCGCGCGGAGGCUGAUGCUCCGUCCUCUCCUGCUUCCCCAAGAGGAGCCCCGAUCUGAUGUUUGAAACAUGUAUGCUGGUGUGAUAGACACUGAUGUUGACUGGCAGAAAUCUAUCAGUUCCUCCUGGUACUUGCAGUGACAAACAUUCCAACUAUUAUGCGCGGUCCUGUUAGGGAUGAGCGCAAUCCCGUGGCCCUGCAUGUUUUGUGGAUUUCUGUUAGUAAUGUUGUUAGACCAAACAGGGCCCACUGAUUAGCUGAGAUGUUUUUGCGCUGUCUGGCCAUGUUCUUGAGAAGUUAUCAUUGGCUUGCCGUGCAAAGCAUUGUUAACCGGUCGGUGAUCAUUGGUUUGAAUUAUUAGUCUAGGAACUAGGAUGAGUGUGACCUGAAGUUGAAGGGACGCCACUGGUCAAAGUGGGAAGCGAAAACGACCUGUAACCCUAUCGGAUCUGGCGAUUGUGAACCGAGGUUGGAUGGAUUUAGAUGUUGA